AUUGAAAGAUGAUGAUAGUGGAGACCAUGACCAGAACGAGGAGAAUAACACACAGAAAGACAGUGAGAAGGAAAAGAAUGAUCGAGAGAAACCACAAAGUACUACCAAGAGGAAGGCUGUUGUCCCUGGGCCAGCUGAGCACCCCCUGCAGUAUAACUACACCUUCUGGUACUCGAGACGGACGCCCGGGCGGCCCACGAGCUCCCAGAGCUACGAACAGAACAUCAAACAGAUUGGCACCUUCGCCUCCGUGGAGCAAUUCUGGCGGUUUUACAGUCACAUGGUACGUCCUGGGGACCUGACAGGCCAUAGUGACUUCCAUCUUUUCAAAGAGGGCAUCAAACCCAUGUGGGAGGAUGAUGCCAACAAAAACGGUGGUAAAUGGAUUAUCCGUCUACGGAAGGGCUUAGCGUCACGAUGCUGGGAGAAUCUCAUUCUGGCCAUGCUGGGCGAACAGUUUAUGGUGGGAGAGGAAAUCUGUGGGGCAGUCGUCUCUGUCCGAUUCCAGGAGGAUAUUAUCUCGAUAUGGAACAAGACAGCCAGCGACCAGGCCACGACGGCGCGGAUACGCGACACGUUACGAAGAGUGCUCAACCUACCUCCCAACACCAUCAUGGAAUACAAAACCCACACCGACAGUAUCAAGGAUAAUUCAAGCUUUCGAAACACAAAAAUCACAUUGUGAGAACAAGAGUUGGCACUAAGCUCCUCUCUCCAUGUUGAAAGCACUGAGAGGUCUCUACCAGUGCCCUCCGACCUCUGAAGGGACUCCUGGGCCACUCUCGCACUCCUCCCUGGGGGAAGGAUCCAUCUGAAGCCCUCCAGCAGUGGUGACAAUUGAGGCCGAUUUUGUCUUACACAAACUUUUUUUUAGCAGUGGGGCGGGAGGCCUUUCAAUUAGUGCCCUCGGGGCCGCAUCUUGCAGCACUUUCCUCUUUCUCUACAUGGCAUGCAGAAUCUCUGGGAUUCUGCCUCAACAUCAGAGCCUUUUGCUGAGGGAUACCAGUAUUAUAAAUCUCUCUGCAGCUGGGAGGAGCAUCCCAGUUGAGAGUCAGCCUUGUGGUUUUCAAAUGCCCCCUUUCAGUUCUGCCAAUAAAUUAUUGGGUCUCUUUGUUUCU